GAGUAAAAGUAAAAGUAUCGCCACCGUCCCUCUAACGCCACCGCGCGGGCCGGCGCUCGCUGUCCACUCGUACCCGCCGGGCAUAUGGCUCCUUUUCCGACGGUUACUCAUAGACUCCUGUUACAAUGGUAGGGCAAUCUCGAUUACAAUGUCCUGGCAGGCUGGAAGCGACACAGCUCUGUCCAUGACCAGGGGAGAUGUUGAAACUCGCCGCGGUGGGCCUCGCGCCGGUCAGCGGCCGGGCGCGGUCACCGCUCAUUGUUUCAGCGGUACAGGGCAGUCCACCACCAGCCAUCUGCUCGAGCGGUGUGCCUUCAUUUGUACCGCGGCCGCCGCCAACACCGUCGCUUUCGCUCUCAAUUGGAGAAGUAGGCUUAUAAGCGACAUGGUGCGAGGAUUACUUACAGAAGUGAGUGGAGUCGGGCAGUGAGAGGUGGUGGGAUCACAAGUGUUGUGGCGGAAACAUAUUUUGUUUAGCUUGGACCAAGAGGAGGUGCACUGCAGAUAUGAAUAUUUCCAUUCAGAUGUGUCAGCUGUUGGCCCUGUGCCUGGCGAUGACAGCUGUCGAGGGAAUGAGAGUUCGAGUCCGCGGACGGCGACCUCGGCCCUUCAUCAGACACGGCCGUCCCCGUCGACCGGUUCCCGUGUUCCUGGCGGUGCCCGGCGGACAGGCGGUUCCCGUGUUCCCGCUGGGAGGUCAGCCUCAGGUCCAGCCGACGGAGGCAGCUGUGGCCGUCACGGAGCCCCAGUCGCCGGCGCCACUGUCCCUGUCACCGGCCCACCCCCAGCCGCCGCAGCCCAGCCCCUCUGAGGUGACCAGCACGGCCCCCACGGAGCCGGCCCUGCCGCGGCCCGCCGCCCCCGCUGCCUUCGACAACUUCGACGAGGACUUUUUCGACGAGUCGGGUCCGUUCGGCGGGUCGCUGCCGCCGUUCCCCGAUAUUUCGGCAAUCUUCAGUGACGUCGCUACCGGCAGAAGUGACCCGACGCUCUCGACCUCGGCUGAGGGGCGCGCAGAGCCGCUGACCCAGGAGAAUGCCCUCCGCAGACUGGACUCUGACUGGCAGGGCGUUGAGGACGACUCCAGCUGGCCUGUGCCGAAAUCGCAGGACUACGCCGACCUCUAUUUCCGCGCCAGUUCUCCAAAGUUCUAGUCAUCAGGAAGCAGAGCGAGCUUCCUGCACGAGCCACGCCCAUUCGCAAGAAUGGAGGAUCGCGAUGUUCGUGAAACAAAGUUCCAGCUCAGUUGAUCAUGCCAAAGUGUUUAGAAAUUGUGGUUGAAUUCCCUGUUAAAGCGAUGUAUUGUUACGAGUCUCGCGGAUAUUUCGAACAUCUUUGCAUAGUUGUAGGUAUUUAUAGAGAUCAUUAUGUGGUAGAGUAUAAUUUCUGUUGAGUAGCUCAAAAGUUAUAUCUAAGCGUAAGUUAGAGGACUUGCGAGUACCUUGUUAUGUUUACUACGAGUAUAGCGAUUUGUUGAGUGCAUAUGGGGGCACUAUGUACAUCGCAGCUGCAUUGUAGAAAUACUCUUUGCUUGUCUCUUGCAUCACAUGACAUUGUAUGAAUAAUUAAUACAUAUAUGAAAUAGAGCGAAUGAAUAUUUGUAUCGCCAUCACGUUAUUGGAAAAUAUAACAUGCUGCUUUAAA